UAAACAUUAUUCGUAGAUGGCGAGUGCGUAUGCGCGGUGAAACAGUUUCCUACCAAUGCUCCGAACAGAAUUUGAUGAAUGAAACUAACUUCAUAGAGUGUUGUGAAAGUUCCACGGCAUUUCAUUAGUGUAGAGCAGAAGAGAGAAGAAACAGAAGAAAGAAGUGUUUCCAAGAAGAUUGUCCACUAAUGCAUUCGUCUGCUUGUGCUUUAUUGCGACUGCAGAGGCAGUUGCAUGCGUCGGUCAUCUGAUGGGUUUCUAACUGAACUAGAAAGACCGAAGAAGAUCGUAGGCACAUGGAAGUGAACAAAAACACAAUCCUCGAAGAAAAAUUACGAGAGGCUGCGUGCUAUGGAGACGAAGAGGCGGUUAAAACGUUGCUGGAGCGGAACGUUCGUAUCAACGCGCAGCAUGACAUCAAUGGAUGGACACCCCUGCACUGGGCUGCAAAAAGGAGUAAUGUCAACAUGGUCAGGUACUUGCUCUCUCAAGGUGCAGAUCCAUCCCUAACAUCUGCGAAAGGAGAGGCCCCAUCCGCCAUUACCGACAAUGAAGAAAUACGCCGUCUGCUUGGUGAGAUGAGCCCGGUUGAGACGAAGGCAUCCUCUCUGCCUAUCACCCCUCACUUUGUGAGUCAUCCUCCCCUGGACUACAAAGUGGAUCUAUCAGAGAUUCAUGGCAGGACGUCUGAGCACGUUUCGGACAUCAAGAGCACCUCUUCUUUCGUGGAAGAAAGUGACAUAGUGCUCAAGCUCCGGAUCGCAUACCUGGAUGACCCGGACUUCAUUGAGGUGGAGUUGCCACGGAAGGACCUCACCCUGGCCAACCUAUUGCGGACGUCUUGCGAGGAAUUGGGGGCAGACCCAAAAAGGGUAUGCAAGAUUCGUAAGCUUCCGAACACUAUUAUACGCAAGGACAGGGACGUGCAGCGUCUUGCACCUGGCCAAGAACUGGAGCUCGUCCUGGACACCAUCCAGCCCCAAGCCAGUUCCCCACCUGUGGUGCGGCGACUGUCUGGCCUGAACCUGGGGGUCCCACCCGGCUAUCUACCUCCACCCGCUCAGUGCACCAAUGGGACACCCUUUGCAAAAUCCUCGUAUUGCAUCAACGGAACCAUUUUGUACUGAAUGACGGAUCAGUCGAAAAGCUUAUGCAAGCGGGACGGAGUGAAAGUGCGGCCAACUUUAGUCCCCCCGAUUUGCUCUUGUGUUACAAGUGCAGGAAGUUGUGGGAGUGCUGCAGGAAUGCGGGACCAAAGAGGUGCGAGACGUGCAGAACAUCCCGUAUGCUGCUCGGGAACAGUAGUGCCAUAUUAUUAGGUGCUAUUCAUGCACAAGGCGUGCUUUUCUUUUGGGGUCUGCUUCCCCCUACGUGGAGACCCACAUGCACUAAUUUAUUGAAGGCACGGCAUGCAUGUAUACCAUUUCGGACCUGGUUAUGCAACAACUAGCAGCAAAAUGGCACGCAAUACUGUGGUCUCUGCUUGCAGUUUCCUUUGAAAGGCAUUUACUGAAUAAAGCUCUUUCACAAGUG